UUCUGUUUUUCUAGCCCUACUGGAUCGCAUGUUGAAUGGUGUAAACAGUUGAUAGCUGCAACCAUUUCUAGUCAGAUUUCGGGGUCUGUCCCAUCAGAAGGAGUGUCCAGAGACUACAGGGUAUACAGGAGGCCUGAUUUACGGGCACUGCGGGAUGGGAACAAACUAGCACAGAUGGAAGAGGCUCCACUUUUUCCUGGAGAAUCAAUCAAAGUUAUCGCUAAAGAUGUUAUGUAUAUCUGUCCAUUUAUGGGAGCAGUCAGUGGCACACUGACAGUGACGGACUUCAGAAUGUACAUCAAAAGUGUUGAAAGGGAUCCACCCUUUGUUGUUGAUGUCCCCCUUGGAGUGAUAAGUAGAGUCGAAAAAAUUGGAGUACAGAGCCAUGGGGACAACUCAUGUGGCAUAGAAAUAGUUUGCAAGGAUAUGAGAAACUUGAGGCUUGCUUAUAAACAGGAAGAGCAGAACAGAUUGGAGAUUUUUGAAAACCUUGUAACACGUGCAUUUCCUGUUUCUAAUGGCCUGCCACUUUUUGCAUUCAACUAUAAAGAGAAAUUUGCUGUUAAUGGCUGGAAAGUGUAUGAUCCAAUGGCAGAAUAUAAGAGGCAGGGCUUGCCCAAUGAGAGUUGGAAAAUAUCCAAAAUUAACAGCACCUAUGAACUUUGUGAUACAUAUCCAGCUAUUCUUGUUGUGCCAACCAGUGUAAAGGAUGAUGAUCUCUCAAAAGUGGCAGCAUUUAGAGCAAAAGGAAGAGUUCCAGUAUUAUCCUGGAUUCAUCCUGAGAGCCAAGCAACAAUAACACGAUGCAGUCAACCAUUGGUAGGCCCGAAUGAUAAGCAUUGCAAAGAGGAUGAAAAAUACUUGCAGACAAUAAUGGAUGCCAAUGCUCAAUCCCAUAAACUUAUCAUCUUUGAUGCCAGGCAGAAUAGUGUUGCAGAUACAAACAAGGCAAAAGGUGGAGGAUAUGAAAGUGAAAGUGCCUACCCAAAUGCAGAGCUGGUCUUCCUGGAAAUACAUAAUAUACAUGUAAUGAGAGAAUCACUGCGUAAGCUUAAAGAAAUAGUUUAUCCUACUAUUGAUGAAACUCGAUGGUUAUCAAAUGUGGACUCCACUCACUGGUUGGAAUAUAUAAGAAUGCUUCUUGCUGGAGCAGUGAGAAUUGCGGAUAAAAUUGAAUCUGGUAAAACUUCUGUGGUGGUGCAUUGCAGUGAUGGCUGGGAUCGAACUGCCCAGCUCACGGCUCUAGCUAUGCUUAUGCUGGACAGCUAUUACAGAACCAUCAAGGGAUUUGAAAUUCUUGUAGAGAAAGAAUGGAUAAGUUUUGGACACAGGUUUGCAAUGCGAGUAGGACAUGGAGAUGAUGACCAUGCUGAUGCAGACAGAUCUCCCAUUUUCCUUCAGUUCAUUGACUGCGUUUGGCAAAUGACAAAGCAGUUUCCUGCAGCCUUUGAAUUCAAUGAAUUAUUUUUGAUAACCAUUCUGGAUCACCUUUAUAGUUGUCUCUUUGGGACUUUCUUAUGCAACUGUGAAAAAGAGAGAGUGAAAGAGGAGGUAAACACGAAGACUGUAUCGCUGUGGUCCUAUAUAAACAGUCAAUUAGAUGAAUUCACAAACCCUUUCUACGUAAACUAUGAAAACCACGUCCUAUACCCUGUAGCUAGUCUGAACCAUUUGGAGCUGUGGGUGAACUACUAUGUCAGAUGGAACCCCAGAAUGCGGCCUCAGGUUCCAAUCCAUCAAAAUCUUAAAGAACUGCUCGCGAUCCGGACCGAACUGCAGAAGAAGGUGGAGGAGCUGCAGCGGGAGGCUGCCACCCGCUCCAUUUCCUCCUCCUCGGACAGAGGGUCCUCCCCGUCGCACUCAGCCACGCCAGUGCACACCUCUGUGUGAAGGGCAACAGAAGCCAUUGGUAAAACGGUUCCUGUCAGGUAGUACUGAGGAGGGCAGAGCGUUUCUCCCAUCCCACAAGAACUGUGACUUAAAAUUGCUGUGAUCUACAUGCCUUACUGUGUCUGGUAUUAUCACGAUGAGGCCAAAAGAGCUUCAAUAGAUGUGACGUGUUUUCUUGUUGGCAGCUCCCCCGUGUGUUUUGACUGGCUAAAUCACCAAUUGUGAAAUUAACUUUGUUUUGAGCAACUAACAACUUAACCGUGCUAAAAAGGAAUCUGGCCGUCAGGCAGAC